AUGAACCCAAAAGAUUUCUUUGAGAUCACACAUUACUCAUUAUAAGAGAUUUAAUAAAUUCCACCUUUCAAAAACAAUCUAAGCACAUUCAAUAAAUAAACUUAUUCUGUCUCAUCAGCUUAGACAGGUAAACCUCAUUCUUUAAGCAAAUUAAUCAAUGAACCUAUUUAUUUUAUAAAUGAUGGACAUUUGUAUUUAGUAGGUCGUAAAGAAAUUUAGUAAGGCAAAACUUAUGUUGGAUAUUCAGUCUAAUAUUUGACACUAAUUAAAUACAAAGGUUUAUAUGAAAUGGAUUCUAUAACAAUUGAUGUAUUUACUAAAUUGUAUAACUAUUUAGACAAAUCUAGAGUCCUUAAAAAAGAAUAAAACAUAUCGUUAAUUAUCUUCAUCAUAAUUUGAGAGAGUAAAAGAUGGAUAGGAAUUACUGAUUUUUAAUGAAAGUAAAUUAGAAGAAUAGGAUGAAUAUUCUUUAAGUUAUCUUCUAAAUUACAAGAUUCAAAAUUAAGCAUAACUAGUGUAAAAUAUCUUUUAUAAUAAUUCAAUAGUCCAGAAAUAUUACGCUUAGAAAAAAAAUAACAACAUACUUUUAAAGCAUUUCAACCUUUUGAGUCCCAUUAUUCAAUGGUUAGUGAGAAUGUAAAUUAUAAAUAUAUAUUAAUUAGUUUCCUGAAGUUUUUCUUGAGUAUUAAUGUUUAAAUGUAUCAUCUUAACCUUUAGAAAUGAAAAAUAUUGAAUUUAAAGUUGAAAAUAUCAUGUCUAUUAAGAAAUUGGUAUAUAUCUCUUAUAAUUUAUUUAUUUAGAAAGAUUAUUAAUUACCAAUUGUGUUGGCUUAGGAUGAAUGUGUGAAAAUAAUUUAUCGUAUUUUAAUAGAAACAUCAGAUUUAAAAGCUAUUUAUACAGUAUUGACUUAAAAGAGUAUUUCUAAUUUCUUAUUUAUUUUAUAGAGGAUUUGACUGAAUAUGAUUUGAGAUUGGGAUAAAUUCAUUUAGAAUGGGGUACUUGUGGUAAUUAUUAUGGAACCCAAAAGACUUGUUUGGUUAGAAUUUAUCCAAUUAAUCUAAGACCUUCAAGAUCAAUUUAAAUUGAAAAAGAAGUUAUAACAACAAUAGAAAUUGAUAUUGAAUUAGGAAUCCUAUUUGAUGUUCCUUAAAUUGAUUUGGCUAUUAAAUUAGAAGAAUUAGAAAUGAAAGCUAUCAAAAUUGUAGGAAUGAGUUAAAUGGUAAAUAUUUAUAAUUAAUAAUAGAAAUUAAAUUAUCCUCCAGGAUUGAGAACAAGAAGAAUUAAAUUAGAUGUAGUAGCUUAUAAUUGUGGAGUUCAUUAAAUAAAAGGAAUAAAGUUAUAUGAUCCAAAAACUAUGAAAAAUAUUUCAUAUAAAAAUUUUCUUUCAGUUUUUGUGGUAAAUAAACAGCAAAAUUAAAGAGCCUAAUAAUAAUAAUAAAUAAAUGCUUAAGAAGUAAACUUAUUGGAUUUAGAUAUAAAUUAAUCUAAAAAAGUGGAAGAUUAGAAUUUGUUAGAUUUAAUUUGAUAAUUAAGAAUAUAAUUUAUAAUUAUUUUCAUAAAGCACAAAACAUCAACUUACAUCAAUGACUGAAGAAAUAUAUGAAUAAGUACAAUUAGAGAAACUAAGAAUGUCAGAAUCAAAAAAGGUUGAUGAUUAACAAAGUAUUCAAAUGAGAAAAUUGGUUUCAAAUACUGAGAAUAAUAGUAAUCACAAUCAUGAACCUCUUUUUUCAUUUGAUCAAUUACUAUCUCGUAUAGGAUUUGGAUCUUAUUAAUUAUGGAUUUACUUAAUCAUGGGAUUAUUGGGUGUAACAGAAGGUGCUUAAAUUACUCUGUUUACAUUAAUGAUACCUAUUCUUAAGAACUAAUGGAAUGUUCCUGACUCAUUAAAUUCCCUUCAAGCAAGUUUUGUUUUCGUAGGGUUUUUAGCUGGUUCUAUGAUGUCAGGAUAAUUUUCGGAUCGUUUUGGUAGACGUGGUCCCUUUCUAUAUAGUUCAUUUUUCACUUGUUUAGUUACUUUGGCAACAAUUUUAUGUUAGGAUAUAUACUAAUUAUUAUUUGUAAGAGGUAUAAUGGGAGUUUUAGUUGGAUUCUUUUCACCUUGUGGAGUAACAAUGUUAUCAGAGAUUACUUAGAUAGAAGUAAGAGGUAGAUAUAUGAGUCUUAUUACAUUGACUUUUUCAUUAGGUUAAUUAUUUGCAUUAUGGGUUGCUUCAUUCUUUUUAAUUAAUUUUGAUGAUGUAUAAAUUUAAUAAUGAAAUAAAGGGUAAUUGGAGAGCAAUGACAUUUUAUUGUGCAAUUCCUGGAAUAUUGGCUUGGUUUUUAUGUGUAUUGAAAUUGUAAGAAUCAGCUAGAUUUGAAUUAUUAACAGGUAAAAAGGAAGAAGCAUUUGAGAUUAUUUAAUAAAUGAGUAAAUUAAAUAAUUCUGAAUUUAUAUUGACAGAUGAUAUAAAAUAAUAAUUGAUAAAUUGGGCUAAUAUGAUGAAUAAGAUAGCUAAAUAAUAAGAAAAUGUAAAUUAAAAUAAUAAUAUAAUAGGCAUCAAUAUCAUCAUUAUUUGAUAAAGAGAAAUGGUUUGUAACUUGUUUAGUUUGGUUUAAUUGGUUCACACUUUCAUUUAUAUAUUAUGGAAUAGUUAUGAUGUUACCUACAUUUUUAUAAGGUCUUAAUUUAGGAGAUUCUUAUUUAGCAGUUCAUAAAUUAUUAUAAUUAGUGAUAUCAUCUAUAAGUGAUAUAAUAGGAGCAGCAGCAGCUUCAAUUAUAAUUGAUAUAAAAUAUUUGGGAAGAAAGAAUUCAUUAAUUUUAUUCUUUUUUAUUUAAGCAUUAAGUUGUGUAGCUGCUUAUUUUGAUGAUCCAAGUAGAUUUAUGUUAUGGACAAAUUUUUGUAAAUUCUUUUUAUCUAUGACAUUUAUUUUUUCCUUUUAAUAUACAGCUGAAGUUUAUUCAACUAAAAUUCGUACAACAGGAGUUGGAAUGGCAAAUGGAAUAGGGAGAUUAGGUGGAGUAAUAAUGCCAUGGAUAUGUCUUUAUUUAUCAUCUAUAGAUUUGUUAAGUCCAUUUUUAUUAUUUACAGGUAUAUUAUUUAUAUUAUUAAUAUAGUCAUUUCAUUUAUGACAAGUCUCACUAAUUGUUUUUUACCUUAUGAUACACUAGGCAAAGAAAUUGAAUGA